GCUGUACAGGUGUAACUAACUCGUAGGCUUGGCGCAAACCAUUAAUAAUCGCAGCUAAGAACAGCCCCAGAAUCCCGAGACCACCACUCGAGCUCCCCAGCGACAUCUCACACAUCUUCGCCACCACUCUCCUCGACUUGAUCAUGCGAGCGAGACUAGUUUUGGCAAGCGCAAAACGAUAGUCAUCGUGCUCGAGGGUCGCUCCCUUGUCCUCUCUCGCCUUCCACCUCUACUAUGAUUUGAGUUUCCCUCCUGCAUUAUCGCAAUGUCUCCGUACCUUGGGCUCUCCUGGGCCCUCUCGCUCCUUCUCAUCGUUUCCUUUACAGCCCUCGUUUCGUCAGAGCACACAUCCAACUGGGCCGUUCUCGUCGCUACCUCUCGCUUUUGGUUCAACUAUCGCCACCUCGCAAAUGUCCUCUCCUUGUAUCGAACCGUGAAGCGGCUUGGGAUCCCUGAUUCCCAGAUCAUCCUUAUGCUGCCAGAUGACAUGGCAUGCAACCCCCGAAAUGCUUUUCCCGGAACCGUAUACAGUAAUGCGGACCGUGCAGUGGAUCUCUACGGUGAUAACAUCGAGGUGGACUAUCGUGGUUACGAGGUAACAGUGGAGAACUUUAUCCGUCUGCUGACCGAUCGGCUGGAUGAGGACGUCCCGCGCAGCAAGCGUUUGAAUACCGAUGCUGGAAGCAAUGUUCUCGUAUACAUGACCGGACAUGGGGGUGACCAGUUUCUCAAAUUCCAAGACGCCGAGGAGAUCGGGGCGUGGGAUCUGGCGAAUGCGUUUGGCCAAAUGUGGGAGAAGAAGCGAUACCACGAAUUACUCUUUAUGAUCGAUACUUGCCAGGCAAACACCAUGUACACUCAUUUCUACUCCCCAAACAUCGUUGCGACGGGAUCCAGCGAACUCGACCAGUCGUCCUAUUCCCACCAUGCGGAUAAUGAUGUGGGCGUUGCGGUGAUUGAUCGUUGGACAUACUAUGUGCUCGAGUUCCUUGAGAACCGUGUGACGAGCACCAACUCAAAGCAGACACUGGGUGACUUGUUCGACUCGUAUGAUGAGACGAAGAUACACUCGAACCCUGGAGUGCGGUGGGAUCUGUUCCCAGGAGGUGAACAAGAAGGCCGCCUACGCACGCUAGUGGACUUUUUCGGAAACGUCCAGAGCGUUGAAGUGGAGAGGACAGAUGCUGAUGAGCCAGGUUCGCUCAAAGAGGAUCUUGUUGAGCUCGCCCGACUUGUCGAGAAAUGGCGGACAAUCUCUCAAGAAUAUGCCACUGCCAACAAUAACUCGAUCCAACAGGAUGGCGAGAAAGCCUCAAAUGCCUAUGAAGUAAAGAAAAGAAACGUCGGGCCUGUCAAAUUAUCAGAAGAGACUCCUUGGGAGAAGCGGUUGGUUGGGCUGUCAGUCUUGGGUGCGUGUGCUGCCAUCUGGGUCGCCGGAUCAGCCCUGGGUGGCACUGUGUCCUGAUAUUUGCAUGGGUUAUUUGAGCGUUAUUGGCAUUAGAUUCUUGGAUACUAGCUUGAGGACAAUCAUAUUGCAUACUCAGUUAGACUCUGGCAUCUUCGUUGAUUCAAGUAUAGCGCAUUCCGAUCAAAUGCGCCUGUGGUUUCUUUUCCAUAAGCAUAUUAGCCCGCAUUCAAAUGAACAUCUCCAUCGAAAAGGAAUGGAAUUUCGUUGCUGUCAUCAACCUGCUCAAAAACCCUUCAAGGGAGUAGUCGGCUUGGCGCACGUGCCAUGCGCUCU